AAAGCCACUAAGGGGAAGCAGAUCGGCAAGCAGUGCAUGUGUACUUUACGUGAAAAAGAAGCAGAGGUGCGGCAAGAACAUUCCUUCCCAAUACACCAUCACUUCCACCAACACAAUGGCUGAGCGAUUUUCACGUUUCAGAGAUGCUGGAACGGGAAUUCAAGUAUUCUUACCUCCCGUUCCGCCGGUCGGAUCAACUUCACCUCUGCAUCUAAUACUUUUACCUGUUGGUCUACUUGCAGGCGUUCUGCGAACUUUGUUGGUCAUAAUCUUCUCCCUUCUUUGGCUAACGUUGAAUCUCACAAUAGGACACUUUGGAAGACCGAUUCGAUCGACAUUGCAUGCUGCUUUUGGUCGGAUUCUGCUCUUCAUAAUUGGGUUCACAUGGAUAACAGAAGAGACUGUAUCCUUAAAGGCACGUGGACGUGCAAAUCAAUCCCAGAAUUUGGCAACUUUUUCACCAAAGAAAGGAGAUGUGAUUUUGUGCAAUUGGUCUUCCUGGAUAGAUGUUCUGGUUCUAACGAUCAAAUUUAACCCUGUUUUUGUUCGGCCGGUUGUAAAGCCCAAUGCAAACGAUGCCGCCUCAAACGAUGGCAAUACUUCUUCCAAUGCAAACAAUCGAAGGAAGGGAGCAGCUGCACGAGGACAACAACAUGCGCAAAUGAAAGUAGAAUCACCAAAAUCAUCAUCUGGAGGUAACAGUGCCAGUCAAAUAAGCGGUGAAGAGAGGCUGGUAGGAUGGAAUGAGGUUAGCUUCCCAUUAAUGAUGCUAGAGAGUGGUCUAUGUCCACCAACACGCUCUACCGGAAGCAAGUCAUCGUUGGAGGAAGUGAUCAAAAAAGCUGACGGGCCAAUUCUUGUCUUUCCUGAGCUGGUCACCUCCAACAAUCGUGGUUUAUUGCGAUUCGAAUCUAUCUUACCGCAUUCUUGGCGGUCUUUGUUCAAAGCUACGGGAGCAAUACGGAUCGGACAAGGUCAAUCGAAUCUUUUCAUCAUGUCGAUAAAACAUGAAGCGCCAACAGCAAUCACGCCCAGUACAACUCUUUCGGUACCUUUCCCACCAUUUUCUCCGCUUCCCCAUCUCGUACGCCUUUGCUUUUCGCCCAGCUUUUACGCCCUUUCCGUUCGUUAUUUAGCCGAACAAGAAUCUCCUACCCAUCCAAACUUUAUCGCUGAUCCCAAUGCAGUCCAACGUGUGAAUGCUUUGACGGACAAAUGUGCAGACUUGAUGAGUUCAUUGUGUCGAUUGCGGAGAACAGAUCUAGGAUGGCAAGACAAGGAGAACUUUUUGGGCAUGUAUCAAACACACUUUAACCUUCUCAAUCAAAACAUAUUCAUCAUGGGUAACUGCUUGUCAGGCAUGAAAGGAGGAAACUCCAAAGAAAUGAAACGUACAGGUACAAACCGUAGUAACGGAGCAAACGAACUUCAACGUACAACAUCUUCUUUCCAAGGAAGCGUUUCCGAUGCAGUUCGUUACUCUGAUCGUCCAGGCGGCGCACAAAAGCCUUUGACUGCAAGUGAUUUGCACAAGAGCAAAACACUUGAAGAGAGAUUGAAGAAGGCCGGAAAGGUUAACGACGCUUCCAGAGCUUAAAUUGGGGAAGGAGAUUUUUAGGAUCGGGUUCAAGGUGUAGAGGCACGUUACAAGGCACAUAGGACACUUUUGUGUUGGGCUCUAUUCUUCCUUUCGCAAUGAUUCGAUCCAAUAUUCGUCCUUUGUCGCACUAUUCGGUGAUCGAUGCUUUCUGAAACUUAUGGCAUCUUUUCCUUCAAGUGUAAAGCCCCCGGUUUAUUCAAGCGCACUAUCCGACUUGCACCCGAUUUCUUCUCACGAUGUUUAUAAAUAAAUUCGCACACAUUCUGGUCAAACACACAUUGGCAAAUAUCUCUCAAGUAACUCAAACAUAUAAAUCUCUUCUUUUUUCCCUUUAUCCAUCUCGAUUCAAAUGCAAAUCAUGAUGAAGCAUCAGCUUCUAUUUUCUCUUUUUUUUCUUGUCUCUCGCCAUAAUGCGAAUCAAUAUCAUUACCCUUUG